ACGAGAGUGUGGAAAAAUCGGACAAGUGGAUAUUGGAUUUCGCCAAGAAGGUGUGCCCGGACUCGGUGCCGACACAAUCAUCAUUCGACGUUGUUGAUGGGAGCGAUUCUAAUCCUCCCUUCUCGAUGGUAGAGCUCUCCAUAGCACUAUUGACGGGCAACAACACUGCUCCUGGUCCGGACAAGAUUAAGUUCAGCUUGCUGAAGAAUCUUCCGGACGUCGCCAAGCAGCGUCUGUUGAAUCUGUUCAACACGUUGAUGGAGCAGAACAUAAUUCCACACGAAUGGCGACAGGUCCGGGUGGUUGCCAUUCAAAAGCCCGGUAAGCCGGCGUCCGACCACAACUCGUAUCGUCCAAUCAGCUUGCUGUCGUGUCUACGCAAGUUGCUGGAGAAGAUGAUCCUCGACCGCCUCGAACCAUGGAUGGAACGAGAGCACUUGCUGUCAGACACGCAGUAUGGCUUCCGGAGAGGCAAGGGAACAAGCGACUGUCUAGCCUUGCUGGCCACAGGAAUCGACAUAGCCCGUGGUAAAAAACAGCAAAUGGCUUCUGUCUUCCUAGACAUCAAGGGUGCAUUCGAUUCAGUCUCCAUCGAUGUGUUGGGAGUAAAGCUGCGGCGGAGCGGUCUCAAUCCGACGAUGUGCAACUUCCUCAUCAACCUGUUGUCAGAAAAACACAUGCACUUUGUGCAAGGUGAUCUGGCAAUCACCCGGAUAAGUUACAUGGGUUUGGCACAAGGCUCACGCCUAAGUCCAUCCAUGUAUAACUUUUACGUCAGCGAUAUCGAUGAUUGCUUGACCGGAGACUGCUCCCUUAUACAGUACGCAGAUGACGCAGUGGUUUCAAUCGCUGCCAAGAAGGAAGUCGAUCUGCUAGAACCCUUGCAAGAUACCCUGAACAACUUGGCCCAUUGGGCAGUUGGAAAGGGUAUUGAAUUCUCUCCGGAGAAGACGGAACUGGUCGUUUUUACGGGGAAGCAUGAACCGCCGCAGCUCAAUCUUUCUCUUUCGGGAAAGACUAUCGAGCAGUCGGACCACUUCAUGUACAUGGGUACCAUCUUUGAUCAAAAGGGAACAUGGGGGAAGCACAUUAACUACCUGAAGCAAAAGUGCCUGCAAAGAACUAAUUUUCUGCGCAGCGUCUCUGGCAACCGGUGGGGUGCUCAUCCUUCUGACCUGCUUCGACUGUACAAGACAACGAUACUCUCGGUGCUGGAAUAUGGCAAUUUCUGCUUCCAAACAGCUGCGAAAUCACGCUUGUUGGUUCUCCAGCGGAUACAGUACCGAAGUCUUCGCAUUGUCUUGGGAUGCAUGCACUCAACUCACAACAUGACCCUCGAGGUCUUGGCGGGAGUGUUGCCUCUGCGAACUCGUUACUACGAACUGUCUUACCGGUUCCUGAUCCGGUGUGAUUACAGGAAUAAACUGGUAAUUGACAACUUUGAAACGUUGCUGAACCUUCACGUUGAGUCUCGGCGCAUGCUUCUAUACUAUGACUUUAUGUCAUCGUGGGAGUGGAGCCCGAGCACAACGGUACAGCGCACGCCUCCGUUAACCAACAGCACCCUGAUUGGCUUCGACACGUCCAUGAAAGCCGAUACUCGCGGUAUCCCAAACCAUCUUCUGCGGGGGGUUGUACCGUCGAUCUUCGCAUCAAAGUACAACCAUGUUCCUCCAAACAACAGAUUCUUCACCGAUGGCUCCAAGCUUGACGGCUGUACGGGCUUCGGUGUUUAUCAUGAAUCUUAUCAGCUGUUCUUUAAGCUGAAGGACCCGAGUUCGGUUUACGUCGCAGAGUUAGCCGCGGUUUACUGCGCACUGCGAAUCAUCGAGACCAUGCCACCUGACCACUACUUCAUCUUCACCGAUAGCUUUAGCUCUGUUGAGGCUAUCCGGUCUCUGAAGCCGACCAGGGAGUCUACGUUUUUCCUCACGGAAAUACGUAAGACUUUAAACAACCUGGCGGCUCAGUCCUUCAACAUCACGGUGGUGUGGGUCCGCGCUCAUUGCUCGAUUCCGGGUAAUGAAAAAGCGGACUUGCUCGCCAAGAAGGGUGCUGAGAGUGGAGACAUUUUUGAAAGGCCAAUUAGCCUACAAGAAUGCUACGGUUUUCCGAGGCAGCGUGCGCUUCUGGAUUGGCAAACACAAUGGGACGGCGACACCAAGGGACGUUGGAUGUAUUCCAUACGACCUAAGGUGCAAAGAAAAGCCUGGUUCAAGGGAAUGGACUUGACGCGUGGAUUCAUCAGAACGAUGUCCCGCCUUAUGUCGAACCAUUACUCGUCCAAGGCUCAUCUGUACCGUAUCAACAUGAGUGAUACGAACUUAUGCGACUGUGGGCAGGGUUAUCAGGACAUCGACCAUCUCGUAUGGGCGUGUCCAGAUCACCAUGUUCACAGAAUUAAGCUGAAAGAUACCCUCAGGGCCCGAGGAAGACCACCAGAAAUCCCGAUGCGAGACGCGUUAUCUCAACUAGACCUUGAUGUUCUCUAUCCGAUCUAUCAGUUCCUCUUAGAUUCCAAAAUAUCCAUUUAGUUUUUCUUCAGUUAGUUUUCCUUCAGUUAGUUUUCCUUCAGUUAGUUUUCCUUCUGUUAGUAUAACUCGCCUUCGUACAAAGCCGUCGUUUCUGGUUGCACCGGAAGCAAAGCAAGAACGCCCCAGCAGCUGGACACCGAGUUGCGGCUGAGGACAAAAGCAAAGGCCAGCAGAGCCAACCAAGACCCCUACACAAUCCCCCUUCCCUUCCCACGCCUUGUCUUUAACAUCAAUCCCUUCCCUACUAACCCCGAGUAGGCCGCGGGUAAUCGGCUCCCCUCCCACUAACAUUUACACACAAGAUCCUCUGUAAUUAUUAAGUCAAAUGUAAUUACAAAAGCCGACUCGGUCCUAACCAGGUCCCAGUACCGAAAUGGACCUAAUAAAAAUAAUUUUAUGAGAAAAAAAUCAUCAUCAGUUUUUGGUUAUACCAAAUUAAGUGUAAAGA